UUUUCGUUUGUUCAUUGUCCACUUUACUACUAAUUCUGCAGUAGUAAAUUGGAAGUUAUUAACGUUUGAUUUUGGGAUAGAGUUAGUGUUAAAAACGAUAAAACUGGCACGGAAGCGAAAAGUCUAAACGAUAAUAACUGGGUGACGCCGGCCGCCUUAAGCCUCGGAGUCUUAAAAUCUCCAAAGGCCUACGGCAUACGCGCGACCAAGACAUUCUUACAGGUUAAAAGUCCGUUCGUUAUAGUUUCUAGUGCAGUACAAAACAGUUUGCGGUUUACCGGUAUUUCUUAGUUUGUGUUGUGUUCGAGUUGAAAGUUUAAAAUGUAAACUAAAAAGUUCCGGGCAAGAAAUCCUGAAAAAUAACAGUAUGUAUUGUAAAUGUGAAAAAAAGUUCAGUUUAACUAUAAAGUACAAAAGUUAUUAGUAAAAAAGUUAUCAACGUGAUAUAAAAAGUAUGUUCGACACGGUAUGGAUUGCUUGCAUUGUGCCUUCAAGAGCAAGUACUGCACAGGCUCUUAUUGAUACAGGCUAGAAUAAUUCACCAUGUCAGACUCUGGUUCAGAAAGUUCCUCUUCGGAGGGUUAUGAUGGAAGGAGAAAUCGAGUUACAUCUGCUGACAAUGUGGCAUCACCAAACUUCUCACACCAUUCAUCUGUGUCGGGGCAUAAAUCUAGGGGAAGUUCUAUUUCUUCAAGAGGAAAAUCACCUACAUCUAUUAUAUCCGAAAGGGAUUCAAAGUCUCCAAGAUAUAUACCAAUAUCCCCAAAAUCUCAAAGGUCUGGACUAGCAUCUCCCAGUGAAGUGGGUUCUCCAAGAUCAACUCGGAGUUUAUCAAAAUCACCACCUAUGUCACCAAAAUCAUAUCACUCAGAAAACAAUUCUUUGGAUUCACCUAGAAGUGAUCGUAGUUUAUCUCGCUCUCCUAUACAAGAUGAAAGAUCAUACCCAUCUACUCCAAAUGAUUCCAAAUCUGUACAUCUUGAAGAUACAGAACAGAAGCAGUUUGAUUUAGAAGUAGAUGCACAACAAUCUGGAGAUAAUUCUCCCAAAUCAUAUUCUUAUAAAAACAGUGAAUCAAGGCAAAGUUCACCAAAAUCCCCAAGAUCUGGACAUAGUUCAGCCAAGUCAUUAAUAUCUGGAAGAAGUUCUCCAAAGUCAGGUCCAGCAUCUCCUAUGGAUGAUCAGGAAUCAGAUAAACAUUCACCACCCCAUUCUCCACCAACCAAAGGAGGUUCUUUCAAUGAGUUAGAUGGAGAACAAAUUUCGGAUGGAGACAUUGAAGAUGAACCAGAAUCUAUAGCCAAAUUAAAACCUAUGCCAAUUACGCAUGGAGAGGACUUGUCGGAUGUUUCCGAUUUGGAAAGUAUGGACGGAGUUGAUGGCACUAAUGAACACGAUUCGAUGCUUAAGGAAAAUCAACAGAAUGAAGAAAAACGCGCACUAAUUAAUGAUAAAAUGGAGAAGGAAGAUAAAAAUGCACCUGUUGGAUUAACUGAAGAAAGUGAACAAUUAGAUUUUGAAGCUGAUGGUCAGUGGAAAGAUGAACGCGAUGAAGGAGAAACAGAAGGACCUAUUAUUAAAGAAACUAAAGAUAAAGAUGAAAAAGAUGGAAGAGAUAAAGAUAAAGAUAGAGAUAAAAUAAAAUCAAAAGAUGGAGGUGAAGGAAAUGACAAAGAAGAAGGAGAAGAAGAUGGAGAGAAAGUAGAAUCUGAAUUAGAAGAAGGUGAACUCAGCGACGGUGAUGAUGCUCGUCCAGAAGAAACAGAACCUAGACCUGUAUGCCGCUUUUAUAAUCGAGGACAGUGUACAUGGGGAGUUAGUUGUAGAUUUUUACAUCCAGGUGUAACUGACAAGGGUAAUUAUACCAUGUUUGAUAUGGUCAGACCAAUGGCAUAUCCAUCGCAUGCAGCAACCCCACACGAAUUCAGACCACAUAUUGAUAGACCAAAUAUGGUACGACCAUUACCUGGUUAUGGAGCUCCGCCGCAUACACCAAAAAUAGAAGAUCUUCCUACAGAAUCUGCAUGGGAGCGCGGAUUGCGACAUGCUAAGGAGAUGAUGCGUAAAGCAAAUAAACGUAAAGAAUCAGAUAUGGACUUUGAAGAGAAAAAAAUGAAUUUAAGUUUAGGACAAGAUGAAUUAGAUAGAGAAGCAGGAUAUUAUGUUAGAGCAGCUAGUCCUGAACCACCUGUUGAAAGAUGGCCACCCAGAGAAGCACCUCGAAGAAUGCCACCGCCAAGAAUCACACCAGAUAGAUAUGUCGAUGAACCUGAUCCUUAUUAUGCCCCAUCAGCAGCACCACCAGAGUAUUAUAGGAGAGUACACUACAAAGCAGAUACACGAGUUGCUACCGAGUAUCGAGAACGUAUUGAUUACCAUGCUAUACCUCGUGGAACACCACAUUCUGUUUCUCCACCACCGCACACAAGAGAACGGGAAAGGGAAAGGGAACGUGAACGUGACAGAGAACGAGAAUAUUACGAGAAAUAUGAGAAAAAACAUAAGCGUCCAUCAAGAGAAGUUAUAGUGGAACGCAUUCCACCGACGAAACCUUGGAGAGAAGAAGAACCACCGCCAGAAGAAAGAAGUAGAGGAGAUGAGUGGGCAGAUCCUUGGAUGCGACGGAAGUCUCCAAGUACCGUACGACGAAAUACAUCAUCCCGACGAUCACGAAGACAAUCCUAUUCUUCAGGUUCUUCGUAUUCAUCAACCAGUUCUAGCCGUAGCUCGAGCCGCUCUAGCUACAGUUCUUACGACUCCCUAUCCAGGUCCCGUUCACCAUCCCCUCCCUCUAGAACUCGUGGUACUGGUAAAGGGAAAGCAGUCGCUACAUCGCCGCCUGCAAAUCCUCCUACGGUUGCAGCUGCUGCACCCCAGCGUGGUGCUAUGUUAAUGAAUCCACCUGCCCCUUCACCCCGUCCACCUAAAGGCUCCAUUUCUCCUACAACUGGUACGCUUCAUCGGCGUGCUGGUCUCAAUCCGCCUGCACCUAGUCCACUUUCCUCUCAUCAACGGCACCACGAAAAGGCAAGGGAUAAGGCGGCAAUAGCAGCAGCUGCAGUUGCUAAAGUUAUCAAAAGCCGUUCAAGAUCUAGGUCUUCACAUAGUAGUUCAGGAUCAGAGAGCAGUGGUAGCAGUAGCGACUCUAGCGAGUCGAGUUACUCUUCUUCUUCCAGUGAAACUCGCCGACGAAAAGGUUCAACUCCGCCAUUAACACGAAAAGAUUCAAAGGGUAUUGACGCGUUGAAACUCAGCGGUACUAAACAGCAAAUUAAGCUUACGCUGAAACCAGCAAGUAAUGCUACCUCUAUAAAAAAGGUCGAACGCUCUACUUUAAUGGCUGGGAAAAAAAGAGCAUUAGAGUCGCCUCCAUCAAUUGAUAGUAAAGCAAGCGUUGCUGCAGCUGCGGCUAAAGCAGCAAAGAAAGCAAGUUCACGGCGUGAAGAAUUACUGAAACAACUUAAAGCAGUGGAAGACGCAAUCGCACGUAAAAGAUCAAAAGUGUAAUGAUACAUUGCACAUUUAACAUUUUAAAAAGUAAAUGUGUAUACAAUAUUUCCUAGAUAUACUAUGUAAUUAGCUGCUAUGAAGUAGCUUGUGAUAUGAAAAAAAAAUAAUUCAUAUCAAAAACAAAGCAUUUCUAAUUUCACGAACUUUUCUAAACACGAUGUCAACACUUCAUUUUUCUAAUUCUCUUGAUGCGUUGAAUAUCAUAAAGGUUGCGGACUUAUCACUGAUACUAUGGGGAUCGGUAACGAGUUGUUACUAAUGACUAGUGAUAUCAAAAUUAAUUUUAUCGACUAAUAAAAAGUUUUGCUAAAUAAAACAGAAGUAACUUUGAAUAACACUAAUAUUACAUUAAUAAUAUGAAAGCAGUAGGUUUUAUUUUCAUGUCCUAAGCAAGACGUACAAAAUUUGUCCGACGUUCAACGUGUUAAUAUAAUAUAAACAUACAUAACGUCAUACUGUACAGUUUCAUUAUUGAAGAUUAAACAAAAUAUGUGUGUUUUACGUAUAUAAAAACAUGCACAUGCGUUCAUAUACGAGCUUCGAGCACUGAAUUUUUUUAAGAAACAAAUGAUCAUGAUUUGUAGAAAUAGGUAUAAAUUACAAGACGAUGUUUUAAGAAAAUGCCAAAUGCACGUUAACAAAAACAAGCGUGUAAUUUAUUUAUAUACAGAUAAAAGGGAUUUUGUUGACACAAAAUUUCUAUUAUCGUAAACUUAAUGUUUUUAAGUAAAUACAAAUUUAGUGAUCUUAAGCGACAAUAAUAUAUUACGCCUGUAUAAAUAUUCCAUAAUCUUUUCUUUUUUUUAUUUUAUAACAAUUUAAGUUCGUAUUCUUAAUAUUAGUAUUAAUUUCUUCAUAUAACGUAAAAAAAUUACAUUUAAACAUUGAUUAGGAUAAUCGUUAGUACAAGUAAUUCAUUGAUUAAAAAAUUUGAAUUUUAUCUGAGAGAAGAACAAGAUAUAUAUUACAAAGUGUGCGUAAUCUUGUAUCACUGUUUUUGUGUUUAGUAUACAAUCACAAAAUGUUAUAAAAUUACAAAUAUUUCAGUUUAGAACAUGAAACAAAUAAUUCCUAUACAAUUUUGUGCACAAUUAUUUCUAUAUUUAAAUAAAUAAAUUUAUUGGACAUACGUAGCGACAUGGAAGUUGUUUUUUCUUAAAGGUGUUCUUGCAUAUGACUUCUUGUAGAGUAGUUUGAAAAUUUAUGAAAGAAAAAAAACAUAAUGUAUUUUGUACUUUGAACAGCAUAUAUCAUUUUAUACAUUGGACAAUUAGUUAACAAUAAGGUUUAUUAAAUAUAAAUUAUGAAACAAUGUCACAAAAGAUAUAUCCAUAAUUAUGAUUAUAUUAAAUGGUUAUCGACUUAACAAUCCAUAAAGAGAUACAAAAACACACAUUUCAUUUAAUUACAUUAUGUACACAUUUAACAGAUAGCGAUACUUAGUAAGUUCUUCUUUUUAAAGAAAAUAUUUUCGUCUAAGGUAUGCAAAUAAAUAUGUAAUUCAUCUAAGUACUAAUUUGAGGUACUUAAUGAGUCAUUACCUUUUGAUAAAUUGAAAUAUUCUAGACUAUGUGGCUUGUAAAAAACGGCAUAAAUUGUAUUGUUGGAUACAAGAGUUUCAGUGUCAUCAGUCAGUUUUGAGAAAAGGAUAUCUAAACAUUAUAAACUUAAAUAUUAUUUAUAUGUAAUGAAACCGCAGUAAAACUACAGAAAUUUGAUAUUUUUACCCCGUAAUUUUUUUACAUUAAAAAGUAUAAUUACAGAGAAAUAUCAAAUUUUUGAACAUUAUCAUGUAGUUCUACAACUUCAUGAUGUACAAAUAUCUAACUUUGUAAUGUUUAAAUAUUACUUCUUUUUAACUCAUUUUUGAUACUGUAGUCUUUGCAUUUAACACUUCAAUUGAUAAAUAAAACUAAUAAAAACAUAGAAUAAAUAACCCUAAACAUUUUACAUAAAAUAUAUUGAUACAUUUGAUAUACAGUCUAUUUAAAAUGAGCAUAAACACAGAAACCACAAAUUUAGUAUAAUUUGAUAACAUAAAAUAGCAGUUAUUUUGUAUUAGUUUGGAGGGUAAAGUGUGCUGAAAAUGACUAUACAAACCUCUUUUUAUUAUUCUAAAUAUAAAAUUGUUAAAGAAAAUAUUGACAAUAUAUGUUGAUCUUCUGAGGUUUCUAUAACAAUCAACCAAUCCACUUUGAAAAUUCACACUUCAGACUAAUAUAUAAUAAGUGUUAUUUUAUGAUUCCUUUAUGUUAACAAAGUGUAUCAGAUUUUUGAUGUUUUGAAUAUAGAAAAUAUUAAUUUUG